AUGGACUUUACUGCUGUUAAUCGAUCUCCAUUAAAUACAAGUAAAACUAAAUAGAUGUAUACUUUCUCAAAGGCUAAACGAUGGGUUGAUCAUAAAGACAAUAUGUAUCUCUAUAUAACUAAAUCAAAUUUAGCUGCCCUCCAAUUUAUCAGUUACCUACGACAUUGAGUAAGAGAGCAGCUGGAAUAGGUUAUGGAAAGAAGAUCAACAUUACCUAAGAAAAGAUUUCCCCUGCCCCAAACUCUUAUUCAAUUUAAACUACAAGAGAACAUGGUUGGACUAUGGGAUUAGGCAGAGAUGUAACUUUAUUGUGCCGAAUUUAAGCGCGCAAAUAAAUUUGAGAGUAUCUUUUUGGGUUUAGUCUAAAAAACACCUGGGCCAGGAACAUACAAUUUUAAAGAAAACUAAUCAAAAGUUCGUUACAGUAUGAGACAACGAUUACAAAGCAGAUCAAGCAAAGAUCGAAAACCUGGACCGUAUUCCUAUGAACCUAUUCUAGAGGCGAAUAUGAUUUACCAAGCAGCAUAAACAGUCGAGGCAAAUAUGCCCUAAGUCAAUAUCGAGAGUAAUUUUGAAUGAUUCUAUCAAAUCAAUAGUUCGGGUGCUGUAAUUCUCUCACCUCCCAGAGUCCAUUCAGAUAGAAAAUUGAGGGAUAGUACUCCAGGGCCAGGAACAUACAAAGAGACAGAUAACAUGGAUCCUUUAGGUACUUACUUUUGUUCAAGAUUUGGUGCAAGCAAAUGUAACAAAUUUCCAAGAGCAUAACGAAUACUAUCAGAACAUAGAGAUGGAUCACCUGGACCUGGUUAAUAUAGGUUGCCUUCAGAUUUUGGGUGUUGA